AUCCACGAUCUAACAGUUUGCUACCAAGUGCUUCAACCAUUUGCGUUAUACCUCAUUGGUGGUUUCGCCCUUGUUCCCACAUAAUCAGUUACUUGUAUUCUUAUAUACAAGUCCUCUUUUAUUUCUCCGAAUUGAGAGUUGAGAGCAGCAAUUGAAGUAGAAAAGGUUGCACACAUGAAUGGUGGAGAUGGAAACAAUAGUUAUGCCAAUAACUCCUUACUUCAGAAAAAAGUGAUAUUAAAAGCAAGGGCAGUUUUACAACAAAGUAUUACAGAGUUCUACAACAAAACUUUCUCAGAUUGCAUAAAAAUAGCAGACAUGGGUUGCUCUUCAGGUCCGAAUACUUUCCUCCCGAUCUGGGAGAUCAUAGACGCCAUUGUCGACACAUGUAACCGAUUAAAAACAAAAGCUCCGGCUCUGCAAAUAUUCUUGAACGAUCUUCCUUCAAAUGAUUUCAACUCGGUCUUCUUGUCUUUGCCAAAUUUCUACAAGAAACUUGACGAAGAGAAAGGUGGCAAGAUCGGGCCUUGCUUCAUAGCGGCUACGCCUGGAAGUUUCUACGGAAGAGUCUUUCCGACUCAGUUCUUGCACUUUGUUCACUCUUCUUACAGUCUCCAUUGGUUGUCUCAGGUACCUGAAGGGAUUAUGAACAAAGGCAAUAUCUGGAUAGCGGAAACAAGCCCUCCCACUGUACAUAAAGCAUAUUCCGAUCAAUUCAAAAGAGAUUUCACGCUAUUUUUAAGGUCACGGUCAGAAGAGAUUAUUUCCGGUGGUCAUAUGGUCAUUACCUGCAUGGCUCAGACUACUAAUCCUUCUUGCAAAUUUGGUGGCUGUGAACUCUUGAGAUUGAUUGGGAUUUCUCUUAAGGAUAUGGUCAAUGAGGGAAUGAUCAAAGAAUCAAUUUUUGACUCAUGCAACUUUCCAAUUUAUGCUCCUUCUAAAGAAGAAGUAAUCAGUAUGAUUGAAAGAGAAGAUUCAUUUAUGAUUGCAAAAUUAGAAGAAUUCGAACUUAGUUGGGAUGCAAAUAUUGAAAAUGGUGACAAAAAUUUGGUGUUUAAUACAUGGGAAAGAGCAAAGUACGUGGCCACAUAUAUGAGAGCUGUUACAGAAUCCAUACUAGCAAAUUAUUUUGAUAAUGCAAUCAUUGAAGAUUUAUUUCAAAGAUUAUCGAUCAAGGUUGUAGAUUACUUGGACAAGGGAAUUGGUUUGUAUAAUAAUCUAGUCAUUUUCAUGAUAAAGAAAUGAAAUUAUUCCCCAAUCUUGCAACCAGAUUUACAACACGAUUGUAUAAA